AUGAGCAACAACAAGCAAAUCACUCUCUACGAAUAUGAGUUGAGCCCCUACGUGCACCGGGUCACCAUUGCGCUCAAAGAGGCACAGCUUCCUUAUAAGACGUACGAGGUGUUGGCUCUCGGGGCUCCAAAGCCCGACUGGUAUCUCGAGAAGAUCAACCCCAAAGGAUUGAUUCCCGCCAUAACCUAUGGCGGGCCCGAUGUUCCCGGAGACCAACCAUCUCCUGAAGCGACAGUGGUCAUCGAAUCCCCCAUCAUCCUCGAGUUUAUUAGCGACCUCUGCCCCGAGGCGAAUCUGAUGCCGACGAACCCUGUCGCUCACGCCAAAGUCCGCCUAUUCAUCGACAGCAUCGACAGCUACUUCGACAAAACGUUUGUCGGGUUCGUUGCCAAGGGCGAGUCGUACACCACUGUUCUCGAUGGGCUGCGAGAGGUGCAGAAACUCUUGCCUGAUCCGAGCGCUGGCAAGUGGGCCAUCGGCGAGCAGUUUACUAUCGCCGAUGCUGCGUUCGCGCCCUUCAUUGCUCGCAUUGACACUUGCUGCAAGGCUGGCUAUGGGAGCUAUGCCAAGGGCGAGGAUCGUCUUCUGCUGGACUCACUGGAAUCCCCCGAGUUUACGAGAAUCAAGGCAUACAUUGCGAACUUGUACGAUCGGCCAAGCUUCAAAGCUACAUUUAACGGGGAUUACAUCGUAAAUGAGCUGAAGAGACGCCUUGCUUGA